AUGAUCAUUAAUGAUCGUAUGACUAUAUGUGGUAGUGCAAAUAUAAAUGAUCGUUUAUUAGUUGGUAAUCGUGAUAGUGAAUAUUGUAUUGUAAUAAAUGAUCUGGAAGAAGAAGAUGGUUGGUUUAAUGAAGAGUCAGUUCUUCUAGGAAAAUGUUGUUCUAGCUGGCGUAAAAAGAUCUUUGAGAUACUGUUAGGUAUUCAAUUCGACAAUCCAAAUAACAUUGAAGUCACUGAUCGAGUAUCAGAUGAAUUUUAUUCUUAUUUUCAAGAUGUAGCAAAACAAAAUACGUUGAUUUAUGAAAAAGUUUUUGUUACAAUGAAAGCUCAACAAACAUUGAAAGAAAUAAUUCAUCAAUCAAAUUGUCGAUAUAAUCAAAUAGAUGAUAGUUUAUCAAAUCGAACAGGCGCAUCAUUAUCUUCAUCAAUAGGUGAUGCACCAGCUGCUAGUCCUGAACAAUCUUAUAUAUUAGAUUUAAUACAUACAACAAAUGCUCAUCUUGAUAAUAUGGAUAUUAUUCAACAUUCAUCAUCAUUUUAUUGUGAUCAAGAUAAUAGUUCUAUUCCAUCGAUUUUAUUAAAUACUAUAUCGAUUAAUAAACAACCAAUGAAAUCAAAUUAUUUAGAUUUUGAAAAUACAGAAAAAUAUCUUGAAGAAAAUCAAUGUGAUUGUUAUUGUCAAUAUAUAUUGAAAAUGAAAAAUUAA